CUCCUCAGUCGCGAUCAACACACAUCCAUUGCACACGAACGGGCAGACGGCUCGCCUCGCACACAGCAUCGAUCGUGGCUCCUUUAAGAAAGACUAAGCCAGAAUUAUCACCCCACCUCCUCUUGAUCUCCUGUAGACGCUUUUGCAUAAAAAAUCAACUCGGGAGCCGAGAGUGAUCAAAGAAACGAGGAGAGCUUUGUAUUUACUGUGAUUUGACUGUUAACAUUAGGUGUGCGAUCCCGCGGAGGCGCGCGUCGGACCAUCAUUCAUUCGCUACUCUGACAAGCCUCGCGUUUGAUUGACAGGCGGAGUGGCAAAAAGCCAUGAGAGUCGCUAGUUUUGUCUGACGGGUAUUUUUUUUUAACAUUUUUUUUUUCAUCCUGGUUUGGUAAAGGAGACUGGUGCUCGCCCCGCCGCCGCUAUCCCGAGGAUAGCAGAGGAGCCUGUACUCGCCGUGCCUGGGCUAAACUUGAGCAGAAAGGGGGCUGGCUUCACCCUUCCCCGGGAAGACAUAGAGGGAUUUUGUUGAGAGAUCUCCCAUUUGGAAUUUGCGUGUUCGCUUCUUCUUCUUCUUCACCCUGGCCUCAGAGGGGAUAUAUCUAAACUGAAAGGAAGACGAGGGAGUAAGGAGGGUUAUGGCGCAACGGUACGAAGAUUUGCCCCACUACGGGAUGGACGGGGUGGGAAUCCCGACCACCAUGUACGGAGACCCGCACGGUGCCAGGUCCAUGCAGGCGGUCCACCUGAACCACGGGCCCCAGUUGCACUCCCACCAGUACCCGCACACAGCCCACACCAACACCAUGCCGCCGAGCAUGGGCUCGUCAGUAAACGACGCUCUCAAGAGAGAUAAAGACGCGAUAUACGGGCACCCCCUGUUCCCUCUGCUUGCACUGAUUUUUGAGAAAUGUGAAUUAGCAACUUGCACGCCCAGAGAGCCCGGGGUGGCGGGAGGAGAUGUUUGUUCAUCGGAAUCGUUCAAUGAAGACAUAGCAGUGUUUGCAAAACAGAUUCGGGCAGAAAAGCCUUUAUUCUCAUCGAAUCCAGAGCUGGAUAAUCUGAUGAUUCAAGCCAUUCAAGUUUUACGAUUUCAUCUUCUGGAGCUGGAAAAGGUACACGAACUCUGUGAUAAUUUCUGUCACCGGUACAUCAGCUGCUUGAAAGGCAAGAUGCCCAUCGACUUGGUCAUAGACGACAGGGAGGGCGGAUCAAAAUCAGACAGCGAGGAAAUCACAAGAUCAUCGGGGCCUCUUGAUCAGACUUCCUGGAACAGGGAUCAUGAUGACACGGCGUCAACGCGCUCCGGUGGCACACCGGGACCGUCCAGUGGCGGGCACACGUCACACAGCGGUGAUAACAGCAGCGAACAGGGUGAUGGCCUGGAUAACAGUGUGGCUUCGCCCAGCACGGGGGAUGACGAUGACCCUGAUAAAGAGAAGAAGCGCAACAAGAAGAGGGGGAUCUUUCCCAAGGUGGCCACCAACAUCAUGAGAGCAUGGCUCUUCCAGCACCUUACACAUCCUUACCCAUCAGAAGAACAGAAGAAACAAUUGGCUCAAGACACAGGCCUCACCAUCCUACAAGUGAACAACUGGUUCAUCAAUGCAAGGAGGAGAAUAGUCCAGCCUAUGAUCGAUCAGUCGAACCGUGCAGUAAGUCAAGGCGCUCCCUACAACCCAGAUGGCCAGCCGAUGGGGGGCUUCGUUAUGGAUGGUCAGCAGCACAUGGGAAUCAGACCACCUGGCCCUAUGGGGGGAAUGGGCAUGAACAUGGGCAUGGAAGGACAGUGGCACUACAUGUAGCCCUUCCCUAGUCUGACCAAUCGCAACGCCAAGGGGGAUGACUGCAGAGUAUACUAAGGGGAUGACCUGUCUCACAGAGGCCUACUGAACACAGGGGCGGGACUUCCUGACUACGACAACCAACUUCCCGCCCUUUGUCCUCAACUUAGACCCAGGAACAUUUAACUCUGAUUCGGCUUAAACCAGCACCGUGAAGACCCCAAACGUGUGCCUACAGCGCCUGUUUCCUUUUCCACAGAGGAAGAUCAGGCCUCAUCAGACCAAGAUGCCUGCUCAACGCCUGUCCCUGUGAAUGGCCAAACUCUUCUUUUUCUCUCCCCCGGUCCCGGUGGGCGGCCGUUAAGACCUCCCUGCCUUCUGCAAGCUUCAAACGGAUUCCCCCCCGUCAGCCAUGAUUGCGAUUAAGAGCAACGACUAUACACGAACGAUGCGUUGGGUCGAUCACCCAACGUUCGGUGAACGCGGCACCUGGUAACAUGUAAAGGACUCCUUGACAAAUAUAAGAGACUUUCUUUUAAGGGAGCUCUUCUCCUUGGAACGAUGGAAUUGGACCAAGGAGAAGCCAAGAUGUCUGUAUUUGAUGGGACGCUGGUAAAGUAGAAGAGGUGCCCUUUAAAAAAAGAAUAUAAUGGAUUGAAGCAAGGAAGGAGAGAGAGAGAAAGAGAGAGAGAGAGAGAGAGAAAGAAUAAAAGAUUGAGAGUAUAACUAUAUCAACUUCUAGCGUGGGAGGUGAUUUGAGGAGGAAAAAAAUACUGUAUACUGUUGUAAAAUUGCGCUGGACUCUCACGAGAACUGGGAAUUUAAGUAUUGUAAAUGCUAUUGUAAUGUUCUGCAUAUUAUGUUGUUUCUAAUAGAUUUUUUAAAAAAGGAUGUGAACUUUUUUCUCUCUUUUUUUCUGGUUUCUUUCCACACUAUGUGUGUGCCAUUUCUCCAUAAACUUUGACCUUCUAUACCCCCCACCCCCUCCUCCAUUGACUCACCUUGCGUUUUCAAAAGGAUAAAAAAAAAUAUGUGAAUAAACAGAUAAU